UUACGAGUGUAAUGACAACAAUUGAGAAGAGAUUUCAAAUUCCGGGAUAUUUGAUGGGCUUAAUUCUUUGUGGCAACGAAUUAUCUCAAAUCCUGCUCUCGUUAAUUCUCUCCUACAUGGGAGGACAACGAAAUCGGCCACGUUGGAUCUCGAUCGGAGUUUUCUUUUGUGCAUUAUCCUGUUUUGUCCUCGCAUUACCUCAUGCCUUAUACGGCGGCGGAGAAGAAGCCUUAAAAUACACGAAAGAAUACGGAAGGGAACUCGACCUUAAUGACACUGAAUUAAUUCUACUGAACAAACGUCACAACGGAUUAUGCCUGAAAAGUGACGAAGGUGAUUUUUGUGACGAAUUGAACAAAGAACCGUAUGUCACGCCCUUGCUUCUGAUCUUUUUGUCGCAAUUUGUGCUCGGAAUUGGGAACAGUUUGUACUACAGUUUGGGUCAAACUUACUUGGAUGACAACGUUAAGAAGACUAAAACCCCAAUGUUGCUCGGUUAUGCACUUUUUUUGAAAACUCUUGGACCGGGAUUUGGAUUUGUGCUUGGAUAUUCGUCAUUGCGAGUGUAUAUUGAUCCAACAAAGACCCCAACGAUCAAUUACAAGGACAAACGAUGGCUUGGCGCGUGGUGGCUUGGAUGGGUAAUUUUGGGCAUCAUAAUGACAAUUUUUGCCAUUCUCGUGGGAAUGUUUCCCAAAGAACUUCCAGAAACAGCAAAUAAGGCUAAAAAAGAAGAUGAUACAAAUGUACAAAGUCUUACUGAACAACUGAGAGGUAUGUAAAAAACUUACUUUUAUCAAUUUUUAACGUUUAAAAAUUUUUUAGAAUCGAUUCCCGCCUUCAAACGCCUCAUCAAGAACAAAAUUCUCGUUUGUAACACUCUUUCAUCGUUUUUUGCGAUUCUCGGAUCAAACUCGUAUCUCAUAUUUUUGGCCAAAUACAUCGAAACUCAAUUCCACAAGAGCCGUUCUGAGUCAUCGAUCGUUACGGGACCCGUUUCCUUACUUGGCUUAGCUCUUGGAUUCCUUCUUUCGGGUCUCGUGAUUUCCCGUUAUCGACCACGUGCGAAAUAUGUGCUUUUGUACAACGUAAUUGUCGGCGGAAUUUACAUUUUUGGUCACAUUUGGAAUUUAUUUUUGUUCUGUUCGACUUCGGAAGAUCGGAUUUUAGCGAAUUCCGAGAUGAUGAAUUUUACUCGUGACUGUAAUUCGGCGUGUAAUUGCCAAUCGAGCACUUUUAAUCCGAUUUGCAAUGAAAAUGAGGCAUUUUUCUCGCCGUGUCAUGCGGGAUGUGAGAGUUACGACGAAAAAUUGAAGGAAUUUUACGAUUGUUCGUGUUUAAAAGGCGAUUCCAUUGGAGCUCGAUUAGGCGUUUGCUUGAAAGGAUGCGGAUAUGGCUUUUUAAUUUUCACAACAGUGGCUGCUAUCAACAAUUUUUUGUCUGCUUCGGGACGAAUUGGCAAUACUUUGGUGAAUUAUCGUUGCAUCUCAAAACGGGACAAAUCUUCAGCUCAAGGCUUCAUUUUGAUGAUUGUGAGUCUCGCAUCGUUACUCAGUCCAAUUAUUUUUGCCAAUAUCAUGGAUAGUACUUGCCUAGUGUGGACAAAUGAGGCUUGCGGGCAACGAGGGUCAUGCCAAAUUUAUGAUCAGAGAAUGUUUCGGUACAAAUUUAAUGGAGUUGCUGUUGUUUUUUCAACAAUUGCUGUUAUUUUGGACUAUUUUGUGUGGCAUUAUGGCAAAGAAAUGAAAAUUUACGGUACCGAGGAGGCUGAAAUCGAUGAAAAAACUGAAAAUUUAUCAAAAACUACAGAAACCGUGAUUUGAUUUGACUUCAGAAUUAACUUCAAAUAAAUA